AAAUAAAAGAAUCCACGCAGGAAAAUUUUGUGCUCACGCUCAUUUAAAAAUGGCCACCAAGCAACAGAACGCAAAACACAAAUCUUAUAGUAUAAAUACACAAUGAAAAUUGCCAUAGAGGUAGCGAAGCCUUCGCCCUUCCUGGGAUCAAAUCCCGACUGAAACCUCAAAGACUCAAAUCCAUUUCUGUUCUAGAUUGGUUAGGAUUGAUUUUACAGGUUUUCUUCAAUGGCGUUUGAAAUACUGGAUCCGCGUGGUAGGGGGUCCAAUGUAGCUGGAGGGCGAUAUAGAAUGAGUUUUCUCGAGAAUUUACCUGCAGUAGAGCAAUUUCGUUCAGAGGAAAUGAAUAUGGUGCAGUUAAUUAUCCCUGUGGAGUCUGCCCAUAGGUCAAUUACUUACUUGGGAGAACUCGGCUGCUUGCAAUUCAAGAAUUUGAAUAAAGAUAAGAGUCCAUUUCAACUUACCUAUGCUAAUCAGGUUAAACGUUGUGGGGAGAUGCUGAGAAAAUUGCAUUUCUUUAGAGAGCAAAUAAGUAAAUCUGGUCUAUGUCCUUCAGAUGGGCCUCUACUUGAAAUGGACAUUGAUUUUGAUGACCUGGAGGCACAACUUGCUGAGUAUGAGGCAGAACUUCAAGAAAUAAAUGCAAACAAUGAGAAAUUGCAGCGUACUUAUAGUGAGUUGUCAGAGUUUACAUUGGUGCUGGAAAAGGCUGGAAUGUUCCUCUCUAAAUCUCAGACCAAUAUGGUUGCUCAUCAAACAGAAAUGGAAGAAGCUUCAUAUAAUGGAGAUGAAUUUGUGGACAGUCCAUUGCUAUUAGAACAGGAAAUACAGGCUGGUAUGUCAAGACAAGGAAGGCUAGGCUUUGUUUCUGGACUUGUUCCCACAGCCAAGGUUGUACCAUUUGAAAGGGUUCUUUUUCGGGCUACAAGGGGCAAUAUGUUAUUUAAGCAGGUGGCAGUUGAACAACAUGUAAAGGAUCCAGUAUUGUCCGAAAUGGUCCCAAAAGUUGUUUUUGUAAUUUUCUUUUCUGGAGAUCGUGCUAAGACCAAAAUCCUAAAGAUAUGUGAAACAUUUGGAGCUAAUCGCUAUCCUUUUCCUGAAGAUGCUAGUCAACAAAGGCAAAUUAUGGUUGAGGUCUCUGAAAGGCUGACUGAACUUCAAACAACAGUAGAUGCUGGCAUCCGUCAUCGAAAUAAUGUUCUAAUCACUAUUGGGUACCAGCUUGAAAAAUGGAUUAUUUGGGUGAAAAAGGAGAAAGCUAUUUAUCACACUCUAAACAUGCUCAACGUUGAUGUUACUAAGAAGUGCCUAGUUGGUGUGGGUUGGGUCCCUAUUUUUGCAAAAGCUCAGAUUCAAGAUGCACUACAUCGUGCAACUCUUGACAGUAACUCACAAGUUGGAACUAUAUUCCACAUGAUGGAUACAACAGAGUCGCCACCUACAUAUUUCAGAACCAACAAGUUCACGGAUGCUUUCCAAGAAAUUGUCAAUGCAUAUGGCAUGGCAAAGUAUCAAGAAGCAAAUCCUGCAGUAUACACAAUCAUCACAUUUCCAUUUUUGUUUGCUGUUAUGUUUGGCGAUUGGGGUCAUGGGCUGUGUUUAUUGCUGGCAACAUUGGUACUUAUAUUGAGGGAGAAGAAACUUGGGCGACAGAAACUUGGAGACAUUAUGGAGAUGGCAUUUGCUGGCCGCUAUAUUCUUUUGAUGAUGGCAUUGUUCUCAAUUUAUUGUGGGAUUAUCUACAAUGAAUUCUUUUCAAUUCCUUUCCAUAUAUUUGGACCAUCUUCAUAUAGAUGUCACGAUCUUUCCUGCAGUGAUGCUUCAAGUCGUGGUUUGGUUAAGUAUCGUGAUCCAUAUCCCUUUGGUGUUGAUCCUCAGUGGCGUGGUAGUCGAACAGAACUGCCAUUCCUAAAUUCAUUAAAAAUGAAGAUGUCUAUUUUGUUGGGCGUUGCUCACAUGAAUUUAGGAAUCAUUCUGAGCUAUUUCAAUGCUAAGUUCUUUGCCAAUUCACUUAAUAUUUGGUACCAAUUUGUUCCUCAGAUGAUUUUUCUGAAUAGCCUCUUUGGAUAUCUCUGUCUCCUCAUUUUAAUUAAGUGGUGCACUGGUAGUAAAGCUGAUCUUUAUCAUGUAAUGAUAUACAUGUUCUUAAGUCCUACUGAUGAUCUUGGUGAAAAUCAACUCUUUUGGGGUCAGAGACCCAUACAGAUCCUGUUGCUACUGUUGGCUUUUGUUGCAGUGCCUUGGAUGCUCCUUCCAAAACCUUUUCUUUUAAGGAAGCAACAUCUUCUGAGGCUUCAAGGUCGUGCAUAUGGCAUUCUUGACAGCUCAGACACAGAUUCAUUUGACAUGGAACGUGACUUUGAUGUUGAACAUGAAGAUUUCAACUUCAGUGAAAUUUGUGUCCACCAAAUGAUCCAUACAAUCGAAUUUGUAUUAGGUGCUGUAUCAAACACUGCAUCUUAUCUUCGGCUUUGGGCCCUCAGCUUGGCACACUCAGAGUUGUCAGCUGUUUUCUAUGAGAAAGUGCUUCAAUCUGCCUGGGGCUAUGAUAACAUCUUUAUUCGUAUAGCUGGAUUUGCUGUGUUUGCUUGUGCAACAGUUGUUGUGUUGCUUCUUAUGGAAACACUUAGUGCACUUCUUCAUUCAUUGCGUCUUCACUGGGUUGAGUUUCAGAAUAAAUUUUAUGAAGGGGAUGGUUACAAGUUCAAUCCAUUCUCUUUCACUUCCCUUGGUGAAGAGAACGAGUAAUGCAUUAGCUGUAUUAUAACUAGCAUCUUCAGUGUCCUUUGAAGUAUUAUUCACUCUUGUAAUUUUGGCACAAGAAAAUAGUUCUUUACUAUAAGAAGUGAAAAGCCCUAUGUCGAUGUUGCUGUUCUCUUUUCCUUGAUCCAGCAUUUGUUGGGAAAGUCUGCUGGAUUCUUGCUAACCAAUUCUAACUGUUCAUCGGAACUUCAAUCGGAGAAAAGUACAUUUCAAAGUGUGAAGUCCUAUUCUGACUUCACAAGAGCUAUUCACCUUCCAUCCUUGAGUUGCACUUGACGGAUUGUAGUAUAUCUCACACGUGUAAUCAAACAAAUUGUAUUCACCAAUUUUCAUAUUUUAUUUCUUUUUUUAUUAAUUUGAUUUUUCC